ACCGAUGGCUCAUAGAACCAAACGAUGUGUCCUGAUGUGGGUGGAAAAGUAAAGCGAUACUGAUUAAACCGACAAAGUUCAUCAAUAAAUUUAACCGUUAUAUUGCUAUAGAAUAAAGUACAUGAAAAUUCAACUCUUAUUUAAGAAUAAUAAAAUGAACUGAGGCAUGAGAUAGUAAACACACUGUUGAGUACGCCUAAAUGCUAUUAAUAGUAAACUAGCUCUGUGGAGAUAUUUAUAAAAGAUUACAACCUUAAGUUACAAUUUAAAGCAUCAUAAACAGUAACCAUUAGUAAAAAACGGCGAAAUUAGACUAAUGAAAAUGAUCACUAGUAUUCUACACAUAAAACUGGUACAGGUGGUAGCGGUAAAGCAAGCAAACAACUACUCAUCUAUUGAUACUAGGGACAUUUGAUUGGGCAUUGAUUGAAGCAUGUAUGGUUGCUUGUGUGAGUGUGUAUGUGUGCGUGUGUUUGUGGUUGUGUAUGUGUAACCAUUCAAUGCUGCCAGUUACUUUUGAAGCGAGUAGAACUGACCCCCAUUAGACCGGAUGGAUCAAAUCGGAUAAAACUGGAUGUGUUUCGUGAUGUAAAGCAAGCUAACAAACAUGUUUCGGGAGCUGGAAAGUAACUCACAAUUUCAUAAACUUUCAAACGAACAAUGCACAUGCAUGUUACAAUAACAAUUAUUACUAAGUUGCAAAUGGAAUGCAUACACUGUACGAAAAGGUAAAUAGAAUAAAAGGACGUAUAUGCCCAGCUUAUAUGCAAUUGCUCCGGUUGACCACAGAACUUAAAUGCGUGCAAAUUCCGAAACGGUAUUCAGUAACAUAUUCUAGCCAAUACGCACAGAUAAAAAUGAUAAGUCGUGGAGUGAUCUAUAAGGAACAUGAAUAGAAGAAAACGUUAGAUAUUGGAAAAGUCAGCAUGUCUGGUGUGGUUUUUCCAUUUAGAAGGUGCAGUUGACUUUAGGCAACAGAAAGCAGUAAAUUAUAGAGAAUCGAUCAUCAGUCGAUCUACGAAUCAUUUAUUCUUCGUCUGUAACUAAACUGACAAAGCGGUGAAAAUAAAGCAGUGUUGCAAAUAUCCACACCAUCUCGAAAGAC